GUCUUCAGCGUCGCCUGGGGCCACAGAUCGCCAUGGUGGUGAGCACGUUGCUGAGCGAUGACACCGCCCUUGGCUGAGACGUUGCUAUCGCAUCCAGUUCCAAGGACUUUUGAAGAUGGCAAACUCACCUUCCAUCGUUCCCCCUCAGAGCUCCAGCGCGCCGCGGCGCGGCGCGACAAACGCGGCGCCAGUCGCGGGUUGCUGGGGAAGACUUCGCUGCCCAGCGAGGAGACGCCGACGCCGAAUCCGGUGAAACCGAUGCGCUCGCAGUCUGCGCCCUCGGUGGUGUGGCAUAGGGAACCACCGCCAGAGAAGCAGCCGGAGAAUCCCCGGCGCCUCAACUCGGCACCCCAGAAACGGGGCACGAAAAGCUCCAGUGACCUGAUCGAAGUGCAGCCCCUGAGCGCUACAGAGCUGACUCACCUGGGCCGCAUCUUGCAAGGGCAGUUUGGACAGCUGGAGACCGAAGUCAACUUGUGUCCGCCUACCCCGGCGCACGGGAACAGGACGCCUCCACCAGAUUUCGUGGAUUUGGCUUCAGCGCAAGAAAAGAAACAGGGCUUCAUCCACAGACUGGCUGACAGUCAAUGCUUCGUCAGUGGCUUCAUGGUCCUCACCAUAUUCGCACUCUUCGCGCCCGAUUUGGACCUCCUACUUGGGACGGUGCAGUCGCAACACGCGCUGAGUUUGAUCAUGACAGUUUGCUGCUUCUUAUUUCUCAUCGAGAUUAUUGUGCAAAGUCUCGGCAAGGACGGGUACAUCUUCCGCGCCUACUUCUGGCUUGACGUCAUUGCCUUGAUCUCCUUGCUGCCGGAUACGUGGCUUUUCCGGGAGAUCUUUGAGAGCAACCAGGCCUUCGUUGCAGGGCGUUCCUCGCGCUUGGCGCGGCUGCUGCGCAUUGCAUCGCGUUCUUCGAAGGCCACCCGUCUCAACCGUCUCACCCGCAUCGUGCGAGUGGCGGCGCUGAUGCCAAGGCUUGGGAAGAUUUGCGCGAAACGUGUGAAGGUGAACGACACCAAUCGGGUUCUCGACAAAAAGUUGAGGCGUGUUUUCAACUUCAUUGACACAGACAUGGAUGGCUACAUCCCACAGGUGGCGGUGAUUAGCGUCAUCUCCAAGUUGAAGGCUGAAGAGGGAGCAGAUGAUAGCACUGCCUUGAUGAGCCUGAUGAAGUCAAAGGUGGUGAAUACCCUUGGCAUCAUGCGGCGCUUGGCCAAGACACAAAAGUCAGAGCCCCACUCCAUGCUCUCUGAGGGCACGAGGUCGAAGACCUCCAUGGAGUUUGGAGGUCGCUCUAAGACCUCCUUGGAAUUUCUGGCCGAGUCACCUUGUCAAUCCCAAACCUCAGGGCCUUUUGGUGACUCUCCGAGAGAAGGGCCAGAGAGCAGCCAUACCAGUCCUAGGCGCAAACCGCUGAGCAAGAGCCACACCAGCAAUUUUCAAGCCAAGAUGAAGACCAUGGCUUUAGCAGCCUCCAGCACCUCGCAGCUCACGCGGCAGAGCCCUGAGGAGGUGGAUCCGGAGGAACCCAUCGAGUUUGCCGAAUUCCGACGCUUGAUGCUGGAGGAUGAAUGGGUGGCAUCCAAGCUGCGCUCGGCGUGCGAGCGCCAGUUGAAACAGGCCAGCAACAUGAAGAAUCUCACUUCCCGGCAUGCAGAGCAUGUCGCUGUGAAGGUGGCUUUGGGCGUUCUCCUGCUGCUUUUUGUGCUCAACUUGAUCGAACCAACUUUGAAAAACAUUUCGCCCCUGCGUGGCUUGCGCUUCUGCGACAAGCUCGUAAGGGUGGAAUUCCCAAACCUCACCGCAGGGGUGGAAGUGCCCGAACUUGUCAAAGAGCAAGUGGAGGUUUGGCUCGAUGCUGUGGGGAAGAGCAUAGGCACAAGAUCCUUGCUCUACCUGGAUUUAGACAAGAAAGUGUAUUGUAGUGACAUUGCGGGUCAUACAGGUGGACCCUGCACCAAUGCCUCGCACUUCGGCCAACUGCGCGGGAGUUUGCUGGGGCUGGACAGUGACCUGCGGAACACCGGCGUGAGGCAGUCCGACCUGCUCCUCCUGCGGGUUCCAGAUUUUUCGGAUGCGGAAGUGUCACAGGAGCAGCUGGAGCUGGGGACCACUGCGGUGGCGGUGCUCUAUGACCGGGUGCAUAGCACAGUGGAGGCGUGGAUGUCUUUGCUUACGACCUCGGCUGUGAUCUUCAUCAUUCUAUCUGGCAUAGUGCUUCUGACGAGGGACCUCACCUUCCUCUCCCACCAUUUGUUAAGGCCGCUCCGGGAUUUGGCGGACGAGAUGGAGAGUAUUGCGCAGCUGCAACUUGCAGGGGUCUCCAACACUGAGGAGGAGGAGGUGGGAGAGGAGGCAGAGACCAGUGAGGUGUUGUUAAUUCGAAGGACCUUUGGGAACAUGAAAAAGGCCGUGCGGAGCUGGGGAAAGUACGUGCCCUGGCCCGUGGUGCAGCUACUGCUGCGCGCUGGAGAUGAAGCAAAGUUGGAAGUAAAAGAAAGGGAGGUGACCAUGUUCUUCUCCGACAUCGCCAACUUCACCACGAUUGUGGAGAGUAUCGAACCUGCGAGCUGUUUGCUGCUUCUCAGUCGCUACUUCAACGCCAUGUCCAAGGUCAUUGAGGACCACGGGGGAGUAGUCCUGGAGUUCAUUGGGGAUGCCAUUCAAUGCAUCUACGGUGCACCGCUGCACAAUGAGAGCCACCCUAUCUAUGCCGUGGAGGCUGCCCUGCGAAUGCUGAAUGCCUUGCGGAGGAUCAAGGAAUGGUGCCAGGAGCAGAACCUGCCGGAGGUCGGUAUCAGGUGUGGCAUCCACACUGGCCGAGUGCUGGUGGGCAACAUGGGCUUCCACUCACGCAUGAAAUAUGGCAUUGUGGGUGAGGAGUCCACCAUUGCUGGUCGGCUGGAGGAGCUCAAUAAGACCUACAAGACGAAGAUUUUGAUCUCUGAGAGUACUCAUAACAACCUUGGGCCACAUGAGUACUUCAUUCGACCCGUGGAUUUCGUGCAUCUAAGACAGGUGCAAGGUGCCAGUAGCGAGCUGGUCUAUGAGGUCAUCCCCAUGAAAGCGAAGCGGCCUUCAGUGGUGAACCGCAUCAUCUCGCUACAUGCGGAGGCGAUGUACGAAUACCGGAGACUGGAGUUUGCCAAUGCAGUGAGAAAGUUCGAGCAAGUGAACUCCAUUCUGGCCGAUGUGACUGAUGGGGAUGAUGUGCCAUCGUCCUUGAUGAUUAAGCGCUGUGGCACCUUGAUGGGUGUUCCACCACCCACCGAGUGGGAUGGCACUUGGGACUCUUAUGUGGAUUCUCUAGGUGUGUGAGACUGCCGCAGGCGGCGAGGCUUAGAGUCUUAGGUUCUGAGACGAUCGGAUAAUUCUGGCCGCGAUCUGCGCGGCCGGCAACCGGCGACGGUUUCA